AUGUCCGACCUCGCACUCGCCACCCACCGCGGUACUCUGAACCCUGCGCAGGACCGCAGGGCAGAGAUCCGCACCCUUAAUACGAUAAUGGAGGAAGCCGACUUCAGCGAUGCCUCACCCGUCGGCUCCCAGGUCCCGAUGAAGAUUCAGCAGCAGCAGCUUUACCAGCAGCAUCAAAAACGGCUUCACGAAGAGCGCUUGCGCGAGGAUCGGUGGCACGGCGGCAAUGAGGAGCGAGAGCAAAAAAUCGACCUGUGGCUCUCGCCGAUGAGCGACCACUUUCCCACACCUCGCGGUUUCAACUUCCUGUCCGCCCCGAUCCUACCCUCGUCCCCGUCUUCCGCAUCCAUCGAUGACGAGGCCGACAUCGACGACGAGACGUCCCCGGGCAGCAACUCACCAUCAAGCCCAUGGCACCACAACGGCAGCGUAUCCACCGACGUGACAGAGUUCGACGACAUCUACAACGCCUCCGAUGACGAGUCGACGACCCGGAAGAAGAAGCUGCGGGCAUCCGGGAUUGGUCGUUACAGCAGUGCCUCUCGCCGUACUUCGUCCGCGAUGUCGCGUCUGAGCAGCAGCUCUGAGGAGUCACGCAAGAUGCUCCCUCAGCUCACCAUCCCCCAGCACCCAACAAUCUCUCUGGCCGAUCCCGACCCGAAGCUCUGCACGUCGCCGAUGGCCCCCACGCCGUCUGCCCAGGUUCCCAUGUCACCUGCCAUUAUGUCCUUUAUGCAGAGGCAUCACGCCCUGGACCUACCCACUGUCUCGGCACCUCCGUCGCUGGACGGCAGCCUGACUUCCGAGCAGAUGUCCCAGAUGUCUGCUCAGAUGUCCGCGCCUCCGACCCCUAUCAUCGGUGCUGCGGAUGACGACAACGACAACAACGGCGGCUGGUCUGGCGUACAGUUGCAGCCUGACGCCCUUGCCACUCUUCAGUCUCUAGCUCGCUCGGACGCCGGCUCUGUCGUGGACAUCAAUCUGGAGCCUGAGCGCGUGAUUGAGCUGCCUGCCGAGGAGGAGCAGCCGGUCGAAGAGAUGUCUGAGAACCGCUCGCAACCUGUCCUGAACCUCAUCACGUCUGGUCUUCCUCGCCACACCGUCCCGUUCUCCCCGGCUCAGCAGCGCUCGCUUGCUGGCCUGACCCGCCUCGAGAUCCCGUCUCCUGGCGGCUUCUUCUCGGGCCUCUCACCCAGAACCCGCCACACGUGGAACAUGACCGCCAUGACCCCCAUCGACUCGGCUCACCCUCCUACGUCUGGUACUGCGGAGCAGUUUUACAGACUGCCGUGGGCUGACACAUCUGCUCCUCCGAUGCCCCGCAUCAUGAAGGAGCGGCCGCUCCACAUGCCGGGUGCCGAAAAGUCCAGCUCGCCCGUCGAGCAGUUUGUUGAAGCCCCUAUCAUCGAGUCUGACGAUCCCGCCACGGCCGUCCGUGCUCAAAAGACCCCCGUUACCGCCCAGCUUGUGAAGGCCGAUGAGGAUCCGAUUGCUCUCUCGGAGACCGUCGUCGAAUCUGUGGAGAUCGCUAAGUCAGAGGAGGUCAGCUUUCCCGCUGAGGAGGUGAUCGCCACUGAGAUCGUCAACGACUACCUUGCCAUGGACGCGCAGAAGAUGCAGCAGAUUGCUCUGGGCCACCUUGACCGCACUGAGAUGUGGCUUGUGGCGCAACGAGCAUACCUCAACGGCGUCGCAGACCUGACUGAGAACGUUGAGGAGUUCCCGUCUCCUGGAGAAGCUGGGGAGGAGGAGGCUCCCAAUGUUCCACCUAAGGACGAGAACCUGAAGGUGGCAGUGAGCACGGCUAUCGCUCGCAAGAAGACUGUCCGCUUUUCCGAGGCGGUCAAGUCUCCCGCCUUGCCACGCACGCUGCCAUCUACCAUGGUGCACCAGGAAUCGGCGUACUUUCGUGCCUUUACGGACUGCUUGGUUCGUACCAGCUUCACGGACAUGUUCAUCUACCGCUUGCCCCGUUUCGAAGCCCUGCAGGCCCAGCGCCUUCUCCUGCGCGAGGCCCACCGUAACCAGCUUCUCGGCAAGUACCAGCUGACGGUGCUUCCGCAGUCAGCUAAGAAGCGCAUGAGCGCCAACGUCGCCCGCGGCGACGACAACCUUGUGGACGACCCGGCCAAGAUCCGCGCUGACAAAGAGUCCGAUGCUCAGAACCAAAUGGCUCUGACUACAUGGCAUGUGGCUGCCUUGAGGCUUCUCAACGGCGGACGCUUGAUCUCGGCACCCAUGCACAAGCGCCUUGCGCGCAUCAGCCGCAUGGCACCCGGUCCCAACGGUUUGUACCGUGACCGCGCCCGGAUUCUCGACCUUGGCGGCCAAGCGACCUGCGACUGGGCUUGGCACGUGGGCCUGCAGUACCCCAACGCCAAAGUCUACAGCGUGACCACCAAGGCCAUCCGCCAACUGUCCAACGCCAACAUUCGCGGCCCUUCCAACCAUCGCCAGGUGGCCGUGGAGAAGCUGACAAAGCUGCCGUUUGACGACGACCAGUUCGACCUGGUACGCGCAGCCGAACUGUACUCCAUCCUCAAGUUUGUCGGCGAGAACGGCGAGGACGAGUGGGAGUCGUGUUUGCGCGAGUGCUACCGCGUGCUCAAACCCGGCGGCUACAUUGAGUUCACGGUUCUGGACUCCGACAUUGUCAACGCAGGCCCUCUCGGCAACGCCAAAAGCGUCGAGUUUGGAUUCGUCCUGCAGACCCUCGGCUACGACCCGUCGCCGACCAAGAUGUUCCUGGGCCGCCUCGACCGCGCCCGUUUCACCGACGUGCGCCGUGCCUGGAUGUGCCUGCCCGUGGGUCCCCGCCCCGAGUCGCUGACCAAGCCGACUGCCGCGCGCGAUUCAACUGGUGCCGUUAUCCCGACGGUCCAGCUCGAUGCCAUGGUGCACGGCUCGACCGACAAUAUUGCCGCUGUGACAGGCCUGGCCGGCAGUUGGAGUUGGGAACGGUGGCUGCUGCGCGCGGAGAUGGAGAAGACGGCCGGCGACCUGCGUCUGUCAGAUACUGUCACGGCCGGCUCGGCGAUGCGCGAGGCCAGCAAGGGCCUCAAUGGUGUGCACGCCAUCCUAGAGGAAGGCCGCACAUCCGGUGCGGCUUGGCGUAUGCUGCGCGGCCACGCACGGAAGCCGCGGUCUGAAGUUGGGACGAUCAACAUGGUGUUGGAUAUGAGUUUCUAG